AUGAACAGUGACCUGUGUGACGUAUGUGACCCUCAUAAAGCAUGUGACACGUGUGACCUGCCUAAACUGAGUGGCCUGUGUGAUGUAUGUGACCUAUCGAAACUGAGUGGCCUGUGUGAUGUGUGUGACCUGCCGAAACCGAGUGGUCUGUGUGAUGUGUGUGACCUGCCGAAGCUGAGUGGCCUGUGUGAUGUAUGUGACCUGCCUAAACUGAGUGGUCUGUGUGAUGUGUGUGACCUGCCGAAGCUGAGUGGCCUGUGUGAUGUAUGUGACCUGCCUAAACCGAGUGGCCUGUGUGAUGUAUGUGACCUGCCUAAACCGAGUGGUCUGUGUAAUAUAUGUGACCUGCCGAAGCUGAGAGACCUGUGUGAUGUAUGUGACCUGCCGAAACCGAUUUGCUUGUGUGAUGUUGGUGACCUGCCGAAACCGAGUUGA